AAGAUAUAAAAGGAAGAGGAGGAGGAGGAACAGGAGGAAGACAAAGAGAAAGAAAAGAUACAGACGGAGAAGAAGAUAGAAGAGAAGGAGAAAGAGAAGAAGGAAAAAGAAGACAGGGAGAAAGAAAAGAUACAGAAGGUAGAGGAGGAGGAGGAAGAAGAGAAGGAACAGGAGGGAAGCAAGGAGAAAGAGAAGAUACAGGAGGAGGAGAUAGAGGAGGAGGAGAUAGAGGAGGAG